GUGUCCCAGGAGCGGGGCUGGAGACGGGGUAAUGGAGCAGGCAGAGCCCAGCGGGGAGCUGCGCGCCCCUUGUGCGGGGCAUCGGACCCUGCCAGCCCCCUAGCCCGGCUCUCGCCACCCCCCCGCCCCCGGCGGGGCAGGGCAGGUGGGGCAGGGGGCUCCGGAUCGGAGCCGGCUUCGGGGCAGAUCGCAGCGCGGGGACCAGAACCGGAUCGUGGGACCCAGGACGGGAUCCGAGCCCCCGGGGGCUGAACCGGAGCGGACCCAGCACAGGAUCCACUGGGUCUCGGCACACGAGGAGUGGGAUCCCGGGAGGGGACCCACUGGGAUCCACUCAUGAAAGGAUCCACCUGGGACCGCAGCCCACGUUCCCCUCAGAACCCCCCCGGGGCUUGAUCCGUCCAGUCACGAGAUCCACUGGGACCGCAGCCUGGCCAGGACUCGGGAUCCACUGGGAUCCUGGAUCUCCCAGGACAACGGGACCCUGGGAUCUACCCUGGGAAUCUGCUUCCUCCCCCUCCCUGCACUGACCUGGGAGAGGCUCCCCAGGGGUCACCGGAUCAGUUGGGAUCCCAGGAGCACUGGAUCCACCUUGCCCCCGCCCUGGCGGCCCCUUGGGAUAAGGGGGCAGAUCCCUGCACUGGCUCCCCCUUCUGGCGGGGCCGCCUGGAGUCGAGAUGUUCUGGAUUCGUGGAUUCCUUCUUCUGUUCCUGCGGAGCUCGGCUGGGCUCCAGGGAGAAGCGCCCUCCGAGUGCUUCACGGUGAAUGGCGCCGAUUACCGGGGGGCCCAGAACCACACGUCCCCCGACGGCCGGGGCCAGCCCUGCCUCUACUGGAACCAGACCCAGAAACACGCCUACAACACGGCCAAGUACCCGAACGGGGAGUGGGGCCUGGGCAGUCACAACGCCUGCCGGAACCCGGAUGGGGACGUCCAGCCCUGGUGCUACGUCCUUGAGACCGAGGAGGGGAUCUACUGGAAAUACUGCGACAUCCCCAGCUGCCACAUGCCCGGGUACAUCGGCUGCUUCCUGGACUCCGGCAACCCCCCGGCACUGAGCGGCAGCAGCGGCACCUCCAGCAAACUGACCAUCCAAGUCUGCAUCCGAUACUGCCGGAAGCGGGGGUACAAGUUCGCCGGCGUGGAGGCCGGAUGCGCCUGCUUCUGCGGCAGCGAGGGGGACCUGCGGUGGGCCCAGCCCGUGGGGGCCGUGGAGUGCGACCAGGUCUGCUUCGGCAAGGCCAGCGAGCUGUGCGGGGGGGACGGCCGCAUCGGGGUCUACGACGUGUCUGUGGGGGCCUGCCAGGGGAACUUCAGUGCCCCCUCCGGGGUCAUCUACUCCCCGGAUUUCCCGGACGACUACGGCCCCGACAGCAAUUGUUCCUGGGUCCUGCGCCCCCCGGGCUCCAGCGCCGUGGAACUCCGCUUCCAGAUCUUCGAGAUCCGGGACCCCAACGACCGGCUGGAGCUGCGGGAUGGGCGCAGCCGCCGCCUCCUGGCGCAGUUUGACGGGCAUCACCGCCCCGGCCCCGCCCUCCUCCUCCCCACCGACGUCCUUGUCCUCAGCUUCUGCUCCGACCAGCUCCUGCAUGCCCAGGGGUUCGCCGUGGCCUACCGGGGGGUGAAGGGCCCCAUGUUGGAGAUCUCGGAGGGGGACUCCCAGACGUUGCCCAGUGACCUGCUGCAUCCAACCUUCACGGACCAAUUCAACGCCAGCUGGACCCACAGCGCCGACGAUGUAGCCAUCGGGGCAGGAGGCUGGAUGAUGUACACAGCUUCAGGGGCCUUCCUCCUCAUGCUCCUCAUCAUCUCAUACCACCUGCGGAAGAGGACCUGCCUGUUUGUGCAGAAGAAGAGCGGGGGGCUGCCCGGCUCCUUCUCCUCCGCCGUGGGCCCCCGGUGCCGAUGCCAGUGCCUGGGGGGGGAGGCCUGGGCUGUGGCCUAUCGGCACACAGGGGUGCUCAUCUGCACCGGCCACAGCUCCCGGCACCCCCCUCCGCUCCCCGGCUCCGACGACGAGGCUGCGUCCGACUGCACCUGCCUGUGUCACAGCUACGAAAACCUGGCGCCCACCAGCCAGUCCUCCCUCAAGUCGCUCCUGUCCCCCAGCUGAGCUGGGGGGGCGGGCGGACCCCCGCAGGACUCCCCUCCAGAGCCAGGGGGCAACCCCAGAACGACUGCUUCGGAGGAGAGCUGGGGGGACCCCGGAAACGUGCAUUCAUGCCCCCCGUGUCUGCUGCCCCCUGCAGACCCCAGAACUGGGGGUUCAUGCCCCUCCCGCUGUCUCUGAGCCCCACAGAGAGACCCCAGAAAUGGGGCUCACAUUCCCCAGCGUCUCAUGCUGCCCUGGAGCUCCACUGCCCUACAAAUGGACCCCGCCCCCCAAAAUGGGGCAUCUGAAACAACCGCUGCAGCUUCGCCAAACCACCGGAGACGGCACCUGAGUUGGGAUGGGUGGCCCUGUCUAAUGCUCUGCCCCGGGCCCCCCCGAUGUGCCCCCAAAUGGGGUUUGUGCCCCCCCAGGGCCCAACGCUACGGCCACCCCUUGACGAUGAUGGUGGUUUGACGCACUGGAAGAAGCGGCUCCGACCCAGCACUAGGGCAGGGGACUGGCUGGCUCAGGGGGGCGUGGGAUGGGACACGGGGCCUUGCCCUCCAGCAGCUGGAGAAGUGCAGCUCUGUGCCAUGGGGCACAGAUGGACACAUGUGGGGAGUAGGGAUCUGUGGAUGUGGCGUAGCUCCCCUGCAGGAGGUGCUGUGUCCCAUGUGGGGUGCACGAAUACCCCCCGGGGGACCCGCAGCGACAUGCCCUGAACCAGGAAGAAAGAUGAUAUGAGA